AUGUCUUCCCUCGUCUCCGACUUUCUCAUCAAUCCUGUCCUGCGCCAAGCUCGUCGAUUCUCCGAAAUCUCACGAUCUACCUUCAUUGGCAAUGGAGGCGACUCGACCGAACAUGCCGACGCAGUAAGCGAUUCUAGUCACGCCGACAGUCCUGUCUCUUCGCCUGUAUCUAUAUCCGCGCCCGACCCGGCACCCGUGCCGAUCGUUGACUCUCCCCUCACUCGACCCCUCAGCGUCUCGACCUUAGAAACAAGAGUUGAAGAACCCGAGCCAGUGCCAAUCAUGUCUCAAGAUUCACCCCCGCGCGAUCACAUCGGAAUAGCUUUGAGCCCGCUCAGCUCCCGUCGAAUUCCGGAAGAUGAUGGCAUGCGAGAGUUGCGCUCUCGUAUACAUAUAAUCAAUGGCAAGGAUAUACCUCAGUCUGAAAAGGCGAGGUUAAUCCACGAUGUUCUGUUGGAAGGAUAUACGUCUUCAAAGGCCGUUCCCAUUGUCAAAAAGAUUCUUGAGAAUGGCGGCAACUUAGAUCAGCCACUCUCGCAAUCUCCAUCGUCACGCCCGUCCAUGUUCUGGCAGAACCAACCCGAGGAAGAGACAUUCGUCUUGACAGAGGAGGAUAAAACCCCAACAUUCGUACCAGUGAAGCCGCCGAAGCGACAUGGCAGUGAGACACCAGUGGAGCCUUUUGAUGUGCUACAAGAAUCGGAACAGCCUCUUGGAUGCCAACACUAUGAACGAAACGUCAAGCUCCAAUGUUUUACUUGCAAGAAAUGCCAGUUCCGAAAUCUGGAUGUUGCCAUCCAGACUCAGCCGAUGCCGCCAGAAUUCCGGGAUACCACCGCCGUUAUAUUGUGCAAUGACUUGGAGCUGAAUAUUAUUGGGGGUGAUCGGUCGACAGCACAACCAUCUAUGAAUGACGAGGGGCAGCCCGUGGUGGAAAGUGGACGAGAGCCUUCUGGUUCAAUUAGCGGCAACCGAGGUGUCGCAGUAGGAAAUAGGCGAAGGCACUCAUCUCAUGCAGCCGAGACCCAAUUCCGUGCGCCUGACAGAGUCGCAAGAUCGGUAUCACCAGGCAAUUUGGGCUUUGAUUCCAUCAUGUCGCAUCUGCCACCUAACGAAGAAGACGAGGAUGACAUUCUGGGGCUCUGGAGAAGCCGAAACCGUGCCAAUGCGUCGGAUAAUGACGAGGAUUCUGAGUUGGACGACCUCAGUGACGCGCUAUCUGAUGCUGAAGAAGAGGAGGAUGAUGAAGACGAAGACGAUGAUAACGAUAUCGUUCUUUUUGGACAUCGAUGA